CGCCGCCGCCGCCGCCGCCGCCGCCGCCAGCAGCCGGGCCCGAUCACCCGCCGCCCGAUCACCCGCCGCCGCCUGCGCCACCGGCAUGGCGUUCAGGGGCUUCUGCAGCGCCGAUGGCUCCGACCCGCUCUCGGACUGGAAUGUCACGUGGAAUACCAGCAACCCGGACUUCACCAAGUGCUUCCUCGUGUGGGUGCCUUGUUUUUACCUCUGGGCCUGUUUCCCCUUCUACUUCCUCUAUCUCUCCCGACAUGACUGAGGCUACAUUCAGAUGACACCUCUCAACAAAACCAAAACUGCCUUGGGAUUUUUGCUGUGGAUCGUGUGCUGGGCAGACCUCUUCUACUCUUUCUGGGAAAGAAGUCGGGGCAUAUUCCUGGCCCCAGUGUUUCUGGUCAGCCCAACUCUCUUGGGCAUCACCAUGCUGCUUGCUACCUUUUUAAUUCAGCUGGAGAGGAGGAAGGGAGUUCAGUCUUCAGGGAUCAUGCUCACUUUCUGGCUGGUAGCCCUAGUGUGUGCCCUCGCCAUCCUGAGAUCCAAAAUUAUGACAGCCUUAAAAGAGGAUGCCCAGGUGGACCUGUUUCGUGACAUCACUUUCUACGUCUACUUUUCCCUCUUACUCAUUCAGCUCGUCUUGUCCUGUUUCUCAGAUCGCUCACCCCUGUUCUCGGAAACCAUCCACGACCCUAAUCGCUGCCCAGAGUCCAGCGCUUCCUUCCUGUCGAGGAUCACCUUCUGGUGGAUCACAGAGUUGAUUGUCCGGGGCUACCGCCAGCCUCUGGAGGACAGUGACCUCUGGUCCUUAAACAAGGAGGACACGUCGGAACAAGUCGUGCCUGUUUUGGUAAAGAACUGGAAGAAGGAAUGCGCCAAGACUAGGAAGCAGCCGGUGAAGGUCGUGUACUCCUCCAAGGAUCCUGCCCAGCCGAAAGAGAGUUCCAAGGUGGAUGCGAAUGAGGAGGCGGAGGCUUUGAUUGUCAAGUCCCCACAGAAGGAGUGGAACCCCUCUCUGUUUAAGGUGUUAUACAAGACCUUUGGGCCCUACUUCCUCAUGAGCUUCUUCUUUAAGGCCAUCCACGACCUGAUGAUGUUUUCCGGGCCGCAGAUCUUAAAGUUGCUCAUCAAGUUCGUGAACGACACGAAGGCCCCAGACUGGCAGGGCUACUUCUACACCGUGCUGCUGUUUGUCACUGCCUGCCUGCAGACCCUCGUGCUGCACCAGUACUUCCACAUCUGCUUUGUCAGUGGCAUGAGGAUCAAGACCGCUGUCAUUGGGGCUGUCUAUCGGAAGGCCCUGGUGAUCACCAGUUCAGCCAGAAAAUCCUCCACGGUCGGGGAGAUUGUCAACCUCAUGUCUGUGGACGCUCAGAGGUUCGUGGACUUGGCCACAUACAUCAACAUGAUCUGGUCAGCCCCCCUGCAAGUCAUCCUUGCUCUCUACCUCCUGUGGCUGAACCUGGGCCCCUCCGUCCUGGCUGGAGUGGCGGUGAUGGUCCUCAUGGUGCCCGUCAAUGCUGUGAUGGCGAUGAAGACCAAGACGUAUCAGGUGGCCCACAUGAAGAGCAAAGACAAUCGGAUCAAGCUGAUGAACGAAAUUCUCAAUGGGAUCAAAGUGCUAAAGCUUUAUGCCUGGGAGCUGGCAUUCAAGGACAAGGUGCUGGCCAUCAGGCAGGAGGAGCUGAAGGUGCUGAAGAAGUCUGCCUACCUGUCAGCCGUGGGCACCUUCACCUGGGUCUGCACGCCCUUCCUGGUGGCCCUGUGCACGUUUGCCGUCUACGUGACCAUUGACGAGAACAACAUCCUGGAUGCCCAGACAGCCUUCGUGUCUUUGGCCUUGUUCAGCAUCCUCCGGUUUCCCCUGAACAUUCUUCCCAUGGUCAUCAGCAGCAUCGUGCAGGCGAGUGUCUCCCUGAAACGCCUGAGGAUCUUUCUCUCCCAUGAGGAGCUGGAACCUGACAGCAUCGAGCGACGGCCUGUCAAAGACGGCGGGGGCACGAACAGCAUCACCGUGAGGAAUGCCACAUUCACCUGGGCCAGGAGCGACCCACCCACACUGAAUGGCAUCACCUUCUCCAUCCCCGAAGGUGCUUUGGUGGCCGUGGUGGGCCAGGUGGGCUGCGGAAAGUCGUCCCUGCUCUCAGCCCUCUUGGCUGAGAUGGACAAAGUGGAGGGGCACGUGGCUAUCAAGGGCUCCGUGGCCUAUGUGCCACAGCAGGCCUGGAUUCAGAAUGAUUCUCUCCGAGAAAACAUCCUUUUUGGAUGUCAGCUGGAGGAACCAUAUUACAGGUCCGUGAUACAGGCCUGUGCCCUCCUCCCAGACCUGGAAAUCCUGCCCAGCGGGGAUCGGACAGAGAUUGGCGAGAAGGGCGUGAACCUGUCUGGGGGCCAGAAGCAGCGCGUGAGCCUGGCCCGGGCCGUGUACUCCAACGCUGACAUUUACGUCUUCGAUGAUCCCCUCUCAGCAGUGGAUGCCCAUGUGGGAAAACACAUCUUUGAAAAUGUGAUUGGCCCCAAGGGGAUGCUGAAGAACAAGACGCGAAUCUUGGUCACGCAGAGCAUGAGCUACUUGCCGCAGGUGGACGUCAUCAUCGUCAUGAGUGGCGGCAAGAUCUCUGAGAUGGGCUCCUACCAGGAGCUGCUGGCCCGAGACGGCGCCUUCGCCGAGUUCCUGCGUACCUAUGCCAGCACAGAGCAGGAGCAGGACGCAGAGGAGAACGUGACCUUGAGGAACCCUGGGAGCUCAGGAAGGAAGGAGCGCCCAGAAGCAGGGACAGGGAGCUGGUUGGGGAGGACCAGAAAUCAGGUUAUCAAUACUCUGGCUGACCAUCAUCAUCGUGGGACUGACUUUGGUGGAAGUCCUUGGUUAGAUAUCAUUAUUGAAUUUCCGAGAAGUUAUAAAGUUGUCAUUAUCCUCUGGACAGUUUACCUUUGGUUGUCUUUCCUGAAGACUAUCUUCCAGUCUGAAAAGGGACAUGAUGGAUCCACAGAUGUACAGCAGAGAGCCUGGAGGUCCAACCGCCGUAGACAGGAAGGGCUGAGGUCCAUUUGUAUGCACACAAAGAAAAGAGUUUCUUCCUUUCCAGGAAAUAAAAUUGGCCGGAAAGACGUCAUUACUCUAUGGAGACAUGUGAAAACAAAAGUUACGCCUAAAAUCCGUAAGAUGAAGGUGACAGCGAAAAUCAACCAUCAUGACAAAAUCAGUGGAAAGAGGAAGACCGCCAAAAAACAGAAAAUGUUUCAACGUGCGCAAGAGUUGCGGCGGCGGGCAGAGGACUACCACAAACGCAAAAUCCCCCCUUCUGCAAGAAAGCCUCUUUGCAACUGGGUCAGAAUGGCGGCAGCGGAGCAUCGUCAUUCUUCAGGAUUGCCCCACUGGCCCUACCUCACAGCUGAAACUUUAAAAAACAGGAUGGGCCACCAGCCACCUCCUCCAACUCAACAACAUUCUAUAACUGAUAACUCCCUGAGCCUCAAGACACGUGCCGAAUGUCUGGUCUAUCCCCUUCCACCCUCAGCGGAUGAUAAUCUCACGACGCCUCCCGAGUGUUUCCUCACUCCUCUUCCACCCUCAGCUCCACCCUCAGCGGAUGAUAAUCUCAAGACACCUCCCUUAGCUACUCAGGAGGCUGAGGCAGAAAAACCACCCAAACCCGAGAGAGAGAGGGCCGCUGACGUGGAACCACCACCGAAACCCGAGAGGCGGAGGGCCGCUGACGUGCAACCAUCACGGAAACCCGAGAGGCAGAGGACCACUGACGUGCAACCAUCACGGAAACCCGAGAGGCGGAGGGCCGCAGUGGAUAAGACACCUGCCGAGUUUCUGGUCUAUCCCCUUCCACCCUCAGCGGAUGAUAAUCUCGAAACGCCUCUCGAGUGUCUCCUCGCUCCUCUUCCACCCUCACGUCUAUCCCCAGCUCCACCCUCAGCGGAUGAUAAGACACCUGCCGAGUUUCUGGUCUAUCCCCUUCCACCCUCAGCGGAUGAUAAUCUCGAAACGCCUCUCGAGUGUCUCCUCACUCCUCUUCCACCCUCACCUCCACCCUCAGCUCCACCCUCAGCAGAUGAUAAUCUCAAGACACCUCCCUUAGCUACUCAGGAGGCUGAGGCAGAAAAACCACCCAAACCCGAGAGACAGAGGGCCGCUGAUGUGGAACCACCACCGAAACCCGAGAGGCGGAGGGCCGCUGACGUGCAACCAUCACGGAAACCCGAGAGGCGGAGGGCGGCUGACGUGCAACCAUCACGGAAACCCGAGAGGCGGAGGACCACUGACGUGCAACCAUCACGGAAACCCGAGAGGCGGAGGGCCGCAGUGGAUAAGACACCUGCCGAGUUUCUGGUCUAUCCCCUUCCACCCUCAGCGGAUGAUAAUCUCGAAAUGCCUCUCGAGUGUCUCCUCACUCCUCUUCCACCCUCACCUCCACCCUCAGCUCCACCCUCAGCGGAUGAUAAUCUCAAGACACCUCCCUUAGCUACUCAGGAGGCUGAGGCAGAAAAACCACCCAAACCCGAGAGACAGAGGGCCGCUGACGUGGAACCACCACCGAAACCCGAGAGGCGGAGGGCCGCUGACGUGCAACCAUCACGGAAACCCGAGAGGCGGAGGGCCGCAGUGGAUAAGACACCUGCCGAGUUUCUGGUCUAUCCCCUUCCACCCUCAGCGGAUGAUAAUCUCGAAAUGCCUCUCGAGUGUCUCCUCACUCCUCUUCCACCCUCACCUCCACCCUCAGCGGAUGAUAAUCUCAAGACACCUCCCUUAGCUACUCAGGAGGCUGAGGCAGAAAAACCACCCAAACCCGAGAGACAGAGGGCCGCUGACGUGGAACCACCACCGAAACCCGAGAGGCGGAGGGCCGCUGACGUGCAACCAUCAUGGAAACCCGAGAGGCGGAGGACCACUGACGUGCAACCAUCACGGAAACCCGAGAGGCGGAGGGCCGCAGUGGAUAAGACACCUGCCGAGUUUCUGGUCUAUCCCCUUCCACCCUCAGCGGAUGAUAAUCUCGAAAUGCCUCUCGAGUGUCUCCUCACUCCUCUUCCACCCUCACCUCCACCCUCAGCUCCACCCUCAGCGGAUGAUAAUCUCAAGACACCUCCCUUAGCUACUCAGGAGGCUGAGGCAGAAAAACCACCCAAACCCGAGAGACAGAGGGCCGCUGACGUGGAACCACCACCGAAACCCGAGAGGCGGAGGGCCGCUGACGUGCAACCAUCACGGAAACCCGAGAGGCGGAGGGCCGCAGUGGAUAAGACACCUGCCGAGUUUCUGGUCUAUCCCCUUCCACCCUCAGCGGAUGAUAAUCUCGAAAUGCCUCUCGAGUGUCUCCUCACUCCUCUUCCACCCUCACCUCCACCCUCAGCGGAUGAUAAUCUCAAGACACCUCCCUUAGCUACUCAGGAGGCUGAGGCAGAAAAACCACCCAAACCCGAGAGACAGAGGGCCGCUGACGUGGAACCACCACCGAAACCCGAGAGGCGGAGGGCCGCUGACGUGCAACCAUCAUGGAAACCCGAGAGGCGGAGGACCACUGACGUGCAACCAUCACGGAAACCCGAGAGGCGGAGGGCCGCAGUGGAUAAGACACCUGCCGAGUUUCUGGUCUAUCCCCUUCCACCCUCAGCGGAUGAUAAUCUCGAAAUGCCUCUCGAGUGUCUCCUCACUCCUCUUCCACCCUCACCUCCACCCUCAGCUCCACCCUCAGCGGAUGAUAAUCUCAAGACACCUCCCUUAGCUACUCAGGAGGCUGAGGCAGAAAAACCACCCAAACCCGAGAAACAGAGGGCCGCUGACGUGGAACCACCACCGAAACCCGAGAGGCGGAGGGCCGCUGACGUGCAACCAUCACGGAAACCCGAGAGGCGGAGGGCCGCUGACGUGCAACCAUCACGGAAACCCGAGAGGUGGAGGACCACUGACGUGCAACCAUCACGGAAACCCGAGAGGCGGAGGGCCGCAGUGGAUAAGACACCUGCCGAGUUUCUGGUCUAUCCCCUUCCACCCUCAGCGGAUGAUAAUCUCGAAAUGCCUCUCGAGUGUCUCCUCACUCCUCUUCCACCCUCACCUCCACCCUCAGCUCCACCCUCAGCGGAUGAUAAUCUCAAGACACCUCCCUUAGCUACUCAGGAGGCUGAGGCAGAAAAACCACCCAAACCCGAGAGACAGAGGGCCGCUGACGUGGAACCACCACCGAAACCCGAGAGGCGGAGGGCCGCUGACGUGCAACCAUCACGGAAACCCGAGAGGCGGAGGGCCGCAGUGGAUAAGACACCUGCCGAGUUUCUGGUCUAUCCCCUUCCACCCUCAGCGGAUGAUAAUCUCGAAAUGCCUCUCGAGUGUCUCCUCACUCCUCUUCCACCCUCACCUCCACCCUCAGCGGAUGAUAAUCUCAAGACACCUCCCUUAGCUACUCAGGAGGCUGAGGCAGAAAAACCACCCAAACCCGAGAGACAGAGGGCCGCUGACGUGGAACCACCACCGAAACCCGAGAGGCGGAGGGCCGCUGACGUGCAACCAUCAUGGAAACCCGAGAGGCGGAGGACCACUGACGUGCAACCAUCACGGAAACCCGAGAGGCGGAGGGCCGCAGUGGAUAAGACACCUGCCGAGUUUCUGGUCUAUCCCCUUCCACCCUCAGCGGAUGAUAAUCUCGAAAUGCCUCUCGAGUGUCUCCUCACUCCUCUUCCACCCUCACCUCCACCCUCAGCUCCACCCUCAGCGGAUGAUAAUCUCAAGACACCUCCCUUAGCUACUCAGGAGGCUGAGGCAGAAAAACCACCCAAACCCGAGAGACAGAGGGCCGCUGACGUGGAACCACCACCGAAACCCGAGAGGCGGAGGGCCGCUGACGUGCAACCAUCACGGAAACCCGAGAGGCGGAGGGCCGCUGACGUGCAACCAUCAUGGAAACCCGAGAGGCGGAGGACCACUGACGUGCAACCAUCACGGAAACCCGAGAGGCGGAGGGCCGCAGUGGAUAAGACACCUGCCGAGUUUCUGGUCUAUCCACUUCCACCCUCAGCGGAUGAUAAUCUCGAAACGCCUCUCGAGUGUCUCCUCGCUCCUCUUCCACCCUCACGUCUAUCCCCAGCUCCACCCUCAGCGGAUGAUAAGACACCUGCCGAGUUUCUGGUCUAUCCCCUUCCACCCUCAGCGGAUGAUAAUCUCGAAACGCCUCUCGAGUGUCUCCUCACUCCUCUUCCACCCUCACCUCCACCCUCAGCUCCACCCUCAGCGGAUGAUAAUCUCAAGACACCUCCCUUAGCUACUCAGGAGGCUGAGGCAGAAAAACCACCCAAACCCGAGAGACAGAGGGCCGCUGACGUGGAACCACCACCGAAACCCGAGAGGCGGAGGGCCGCUGACGUGCAACCAUCACGGAAACCCGAGAGGCGGAGGGCCGCUGACGUGCAACCAUCAUGGCAACCCGAGAGGCGGAGGACCACUGACGUGCAACCAUCACGGAAACCCGAGAGGCGGAGGGCCGCAGUGGAUAAGACACCUGCCGAGUUUCUGGUCUAUCCACUUCCACCCUCAGCGGAUGAUAAUCUCGAAACGCCUCUCGAGUGUCUCCUCGCUCCUCUUCCACCCUCACGUCUAUCCCCAGCUCCACCCUCAGCGGAUGAUAAGACACCUGCCGAGUUUCUGGUCUAUCCCCUUCCACCCUCAGCGGAUGAUAAUCUCGAAACGCCUCUCGAGUGUCUCCUCACUCCUCUUCCACCCUCACCUCCACCCUCAGCUCCACCCUCAGCGGAUGAUAAUCUCAAGACACCUCCCUUAGCUACUCAGGAGGCUGAGGCAGAAAAACCACCCAAACCCGAGAGACAGAGGGCCGCUGACGUGGAACCACCACCGAAACCCGAGAGGCGGAGGGCCGCUGACGUGCAACCAUCACGGAAACCCGAGAGGCGGAGGGCCGCUGACGUGCAACCAUCAUGGAAACCCGAGAGGCGGAGGACCACUGACGUGCAACCAUCACGGAAACCCGAGAGGCGGAGGGCCGCAGUGGAUAAGACACCUGCCGAGUUUCUGGUCUAUCCACUUCCACCCUCAGCGGAUGAUAAUCUCGAAACGCCUCUCGAGUGUCUCCUCGCUCCUCUUCCACCCUCACGUCUAUCCCCAGCUCCACCCUCAGCGGAUGAUAAGACACCUGCCGAGUUUCUGGUCUAUCCCCUUCCACCCUCAGCGGAUGAUAAUCUCGAAACGCCUCUCGAGUGUCUCCUCACUCCUCUUCCACCCUCACCUCCACCCUCAGCUCCACCCUCAGCGGAUGAUAAUCUCAAGACACCUCCCUUAGCUACUCAGGAGGCUGAGGCAGAAAAACCACCCAAACCCGAGAGACAGAGGGCCGCUGACGUGGAACCACCACCGAAACCCGAGAGGCGGAGGGCCACUGACGUGCAACCAUCACGGAAACCCGAGAGGCGGAGGACCGCUGACGUGCAACCAUCAUGGAAACCCGAGAGGCGGAGGACCACUGACGUGCAACCAUCACGGAAACCCGAGAGGCGGAGGGCCGCAGUGGAUAAGACACCUGCCGAGUUUCUGGUCUAUCCCCUUCCACCCUCAGCGGAUGAUAAUCUCGAAACGCCUCUCGAGUGUCUCCUCACUCCUCUUCCACCCUCACCUCCAUCCUCAGCUCCACCCUCAGCGGAUGAUAAUCUCAAGACACCUCCCUUAGCUACUCAGGAGGCUGAGGCAGGAAAACCACCCAAACCCGAGAGAGAGAGGGCCGCUGACGUGGAACCACCACCGAAACCCGAGAGGCGGAGGGCCGCUGACGUGCAACCAGCACUGAAACCCGAGAGGCGGAGGGCCGCUGACGUGCAACCAUCACGGAAACCCGAGAGGCGGAGGGCCGCAGUGGAUAAGACACCUGCCGAGUUUCUGGUCUAUCCUCUUCCACCCUCAGCGGAUGAUAAUCUCAAAAUGCCUCUCGAGUGUCUCCUUACUCCUCUUCCACCCUCACCUCCAUCCUCAGCUCCACCCUCAGCGGAUGAUAAUCUCAAGACACCUCCCUUAGCUACUCAGGAGGCUGAGGCAGAAAAACCACCGAAACCCGAGAGGCGGAGCGCCGCUGACGCGCAGCCGUCGCUGAAACCCGAGAGGCGGAGCGCCGCUGACGUGCAGCCGUCGCCGAAACCUGAGAGGCGGAGGGCCGCUGACCUGGAAUCACCACCGAAACCCGAGAGGCGGAGGGCCGCUGACCUGGAAUCACCACCGAAACCUGAGAGGCGGAGGGCCGCUGACACGCAACCAUCACCGAAACCCGAGAGGCGGAGGGCCGCUGACCUGGAAUCACCACCGAAACCCGAGAGGCGGAGCGCCGCUGACCUGGAAUCACCACCGAAACCCGAGAGGCGGAGGGCCGCUGACGUGCAACCAUCACUGAAACCCGAGAGGCGGAGCGCCGCUGACGCGCAGCCGUCGCCGAAACCUGAGAGGCGGAGGGCCACUGACCUGGAAUCACCACCGAAACUCGAGAGGCGGAGCGCCGCUGACGCGCAGCCGUCGCCGAAACCUGACAGGCGGAGGGCCACUGACGUGGAAUCACCACCGAAACUCGAGAGGCGGAGCGCCGCUGACGCGCAACCAUCACCGAAACCCGAGAGGCGGAGCGCCGCUGAUGCGCAGCCGUCGCCGAAACCUGAGAGGCGGAGGGCCGCUGACCUGGAAUCACCACCAAAACCCGAGAGGCGGAGGGCCGCUGACCUGGAAUCACCACCGAAACCCGAGAGGCGGAGGGCCGCUGACGCGCAACCAUCACCGAAACCUGAGAGGCGGAGGGCCGCUGACGCGCAACCAUCACCGAAACCCGAGAGGCGGAGCGCCGCUGACACGCAGCCAUCACCAAAACCUGAGAGGCGGAGGGCCGCUGACGCGCAGCCAUCACCGAAACCCGAGAGGCGGAGCGCCGCUGACGCGCAGCCAUCACCGAAACCCGAGAGGCGGAGCGCCGCUGACGCGGAACCAUCAUCACCCGAACCCAAGAGGCGGAGGGUCGCUGACGAACCGCCAUGCAAACCCCCACGCAAACCCAAGAGGCGGAGGGCCGCUGACAGGGAACGGCCACGCAAACCCCCACGCAAACCCAAGAGGUGGAGCGCCGCUGAGGCGCAGCCGUCGCCGAAACCUGAGAGGCGGAGCGCCACUGACACGGAACCUCCACGCAAGCCCAAGAGGCGGAGGGCCGCUGACCGGAAACCAUCAUCACCCGAACCCAAGAGGCGGAGGGUCGCUGACGUGGAACCGCCACACAAACCCAAGAGGCGCAGGGUCGCUGACGUGAGACGGCCACGCAAACCCCCACGCAAACCCAAGAGGUGGAGCGCCGCUAAGGCGCAGCCGUCGCCGAAACCCGAGGGGCGGAGCGCCGCUGAGGCGCAGCCGUCGCCGAAACCCGAGGGGCGGAGCGCCGCUGACGCGCAGCCGUCGCCGAAACCCGAGGGGCGGAGCGCCGCUGACGCGCAGCCGUCGCCGAAACCCGAGGGGCGGAGCGCCGCUGAGGCGCAGCCGUCGCCGAAACCCGAGGGGCGGAGCGCCGCUGACGCGCAGCCGUCGCCGAAACCCGAGGGGCGGAGCGCCGCUGACGCGCAGCCGUCGCCGAAACCCGAGGGGCGGAGCGCCGCUGACGCGCAGCCGUCGCCGAAACCCGAGGGGCGGAGCGCCGCUGACGCGCAGGCGUCGCCGAAACCCGAGAGGCGGAGCGCCGCUGACCUGGAAUCACCACCGCAACCCGAGAGGCGGAGCACCGCUGACGCGCAAGCAUCACCGAAAUCCGAGAGGCGGAGCGCCGCUGAGGCGCAGCCGUCGCCGAAACCCGAGAGGCGGAGCGCCGCUGACACGCAGCCAUCACUGAAACCUGAGAGGCGGAGCGUCGCUGACACGCAGCCAUCACCGAAACCCGAGAGGCGGAGCGUCGCUGACACGCAGCCAUCACCGAAACCUGAGAGGCGGAGCGUCGCUGACACGCAGCCAUCACCGAAACCCGAGAGGCGGAGCGUCGCUGACCUGGAAUCACCACCGAAACCCGAGAGGCGGAGCGCCGCUGAGGCGCAGCCGUCGCCGAAACCCGAGAGGCGGAGCGCCGCUGACACGCAGCCAUCACCGAAACCUGAGAGGCGGAGCGUCGCUGACACGCAGCCAUCACCGAAACCUGAGAGGCGGAGCGUCGCUGACCUGGAAUCACCACCGAAACCCGAGAGGCGGAGCGCCGCUGACCUGGAAUCACCACCGAAACCCGAGAGGCGGAGCGCCGCUGAGGCGCAGCCGUCGCCGAAACCCGAGAGGCGGAGCGCCGCUGACACGCAGUCAUCAUCGAAACCCGAGAGGCGGAGCGUCGCUGACACGCAGCCAUCACCGAAACCCGAGAGGCGGAGCGCCGCUGACACGCAGCCAUCACCGAAACCUGAGAGGCGGAGCGUCGCUGACACGCAGCCAUCACCGAAACCUGAGAGGCGGAGCGUCGCUGACCUGGAAUCACCACCGAAACCCGAGAGGCGGAGCGCCGCUGACCUGGAAUCACCACCGAAACCCGAGAGGCGGAGCGCCGCUGAGGCGCAGCCGUCGCCGAAACCCGAGAGGCGGAGCGCCGCUGACACGCAGUCAUCAUCGAAACCCGAGAGGCGGAGCGUCGCUGACACGCAGCCAUCACCGAAACCCGAGAGGCGGAGCGCCGCUGACACGCAGCCAUCACCGAAACCUGAGAGGCGGAGCGUCGCUGACACGCAGCCAUCACCGAAACCUGAGAGGCGGAGCGUCGCUGACACGCAGCCAUCACUGAAACCCGAGAGGCGGAGCGUCGCUGACCUGGAAUCACCACCGAAACCCGAGAGGCGGAGCGCCGCUGAGGCGCAGCCGUCGCCGAAACCCGAGAGGCGGAGCGCCGCUGACACGCAGCCAUCACCGAAACCUGAGAGGCGGAGCGUCGCUGACACGCAGCCAUCACCGAAACCUGAGAGGCGGAGCGUCGCUGACCUGGAAUCACCACCGAAACCCGAGAGGCGGAGCGCCGCUGAGGCGCAGCUGUCGCCGAAACCCGAGAGGCGGAGCGCCGCUGACUCGCAGCCGUCGCCGAAACCCAAGAGGCGGAGCGCCGCUGACACGCAGCCAUCAUCGAAACCCGAGAGGCGGAGCGCCGCUGACGCGCAGCUGUCGCCGAAACCCGAGAGGCAGAGCGCCGCUGAUGCGCAGCCGUCGCCGAAACCCGAGAGGCGGAGCGCCGCUGCUGACACGCAGCCGUCGCCGAAACCCGAGAGGCGGAGCGCCGCUGACGCGCAGCCGUCGCCGAAACCCGAGAGGCGGAGUGCCGCUGAACUGGAAUCACCACCGGAACCCGAGAGGCGGAGCGCCGCUGACGCGCAGCCGUCGCCGAAACCCGAGAGGCGGAGCGCCGCUGACGCGCAGCCGUCGCCGAAACCCGAGAGGCGGAGCGCCGCUGAUGCGCAGCCGUCGCCGAAACCCGAGAGGCGGAGCGCCGCUGACGCGGAACCGCCUCGCAAACGCAAGAGGCGGAGGGCAGCGGACAUUGAACUAUCAUCACCCGAACCCAAGAGGCGGAGGAUCGGUGACGUGGAACGGCCACGCAAACCCAAGAGGCCGAGGGCCGCCGACGUGGAACCAUCAUUACCCGAACCCAAGAGGCGGAGGGUCGGUGACGUGGAACUGCCACGCAAACGCAAGAGGCCGCAGGCCGCCGACGUGGAACCAUCAUUACCCGAACCCAAGAGGCGGAGGUUGAAUUAGGUGAGAACAGGCCAUUGCACUCAAGCCUGAGCAAUAAGAAUAAAACUGAGUAGAACAAAAUAAAAAAAUCAAAAAACAAAACAAAACCCACACUCCAAAAACAAAGAAUAAAUAAAUAAUAUAAAAAUAAAAUAAA